UGUAGUAUAAAUAUCAUCCUUUUUUCAUGUUCUAACACAUAUCUACCGAUCUACAACCAUGAAGUUCGCCAUUGUUCUUGCUUGCAUCGCAGCCACCGCUUUCGCCGCCCCCGGCCAUAACGGCAGCUGGCGUAUUGUUGGAGGUGAUGACGCCGAGGAGAACCAAUUCCCCUACCAGGUGUCCCUCCGUUACUUCGGUGCCCACUCAUGCGGUGGCUCCAUCUUGGAUGAGACCACCAUCUUGUGCGCAGCUCACUGCGUAGAUGGCGCUGACGUUAGCACAAUGGCCAUCCGCGUUGGCAACAACAAGCUGUCCGAGCAGACUGAUGAAUACCAGGUUGCAUCCUUCGUCCGUCAUGAGGAUUAUGAUGGUUGGGAUAUCAAGAACGACGUUGCCAUCAUCAAACUCGCCGAUCCCUUGACCUGGAGUGAUUCCGUCCAGCCUGUUAAGCUUCGCCAGAGUGACAUCAUCGAAGAAGAUGUUACCCUUUCCGGUUGGGGUACCACCUCUUACCCUGGUGAUAUCCCAGACAAUCUUCAAUUCAUCAACUUGAAGACCAUCUCCGUUGAUGACUGCUCCAGACUGCAGCCAAGCCAUGUAGGUCCUACUGAGGUGUGCACCUUCACCCAGAAAGGUGAGGGAGCUUGCCAUGGUGAUUCUGGUGGUCCAUUGGUUGACUCCAAUGGUGAACAGAUUGGUAUUGUCUCCUGGGGUACUCCUUGCGCGCAGGGAUACCCUGAUGUUUUCACUCGUGUCUAUUCCUUCUUGGACUGGAUCGAAGAAAACCGUAAAUCUAUCACUAUGAAAGUCGUCAUUGUCCUCGCUUGUGUUGCUGCCACAGUUUUUGCCGCCCCAGGGAAUAACGGCAGCUGGCGUAUUGUUGGUGGUGCAGAAGCAGCUGCUGGCACCUCUCCUCACCAGGUCUCCAUCCGUAUCAACGGUGCCCACACUUGUAGUGGCUCCAUCUUGGAUGAUAGCACCAUUUUAACCACUGCUCACUGCGUUGUGGGCUCUGACCCUGCCUCAAUCAAAAUCGCUGCUGGUAAAAACAAACUGUCCGAGCAGGUUGAUGAGUACCGGGUUAAAUCUUUCAUCUGUCAUGAGGAUUAUGAUAGUUGGGACAUCAAGAACGACAUUGCCAUCAUCAAACUUACUUUUCCCAUACUGUUAACACCUCCUGCUAUCCAAGCGGUUGAACUUCGCCAGAGGGACAUCAUCGCUGAAGAAGUUACCGUUUAUGGUCCUACUGAGGUUUGCACCUUUACUAAGAAGGGUGAGGGUGUUUGCCAUGGUGAUGCUGGUGGUCCAUUGGUUGACUCCGAUGGCAGACUAGUUGGUAUUGUCUCCUGGCAUAUUUCCUCCGCCCCAGGCCAUAACGGCAGCUGGCGUAUUGUUGGUGGUGAUGACGCUGCGGAGAACCAAUUCCCCUACCAGGUAUCUCUCCGUUACUACGGUUCCCACUCAUGCGGUGGCUCCCUCUUGGAUGAGACCACCAUCUUGUGCGCUGCUCACUGCGUAGAUGGCGCUGACGCUAGCACAAUGACCAUCCGCGUUGGCAACAACAAGCUGUCCGAGCAGACUGAUGAAUACCAGGUUGCAUCCUUCGUCCGCCAUGAGGAUUAUGAUGGUUGGAACAUCAAGAACGACGUUUCCCUCAUCAAGCUCGCCGAUCCUUUGACCUGGAGUGAUUCCGUCCAACCUGUUAAGCUUCGCAAGAGUGACAUCAUCGCUGAAGAUGUUACCCUUUCCGGUUGGGGUACCACCUCUUACCCUGGCGACAUCCCAGACAAUCUUCAGUUCAUUAACUUGAAGACCAUCUCCGUUGAUGACUGCUCCAGGCUGCAACCAAACAAUGUAGGACCUACUGAGGUGUGCACCUUCACCCAGAAAGGUGAGGGAGCUUGCCAUGGUGAUUCUGGUGGUCCAUUGGUUGACUCCAAUGGUGAACAGAUCGGUAUUGUCUCCUGGGGUGUUCCUUGCGCGGAGGGAUACCCUGAUGUCUUCACCCGUGUCUAUUCCUUCUUGGACUGGAUCGAAUCCAACCGCAAUUAAAUGUAUCUUGUGUAAUAGUUUACUAAACAUCAAAUAAACUGUUCAAUAGGAAUUUUCCGUUGUUGUUAUUCACAGGAAAUUGAAGAUUAUACAAAAAUACUUGAAAAUAAAAAGUUAUAAAUACAUAA